ACCAGAUAACAAAAUGGCGAAAGUUGUGAUAGCAGGAAGGGCUGACUGCCCCUACUUUGCACGAGUGGAGCUCAUUGGCGACAGAUUGUCAAAAAAUCUACCAGAUUUCAAGCUGCACAAGAUAAUAAAAACUGAUGAUGAGUGGGAGAAAUGGCUUGAUGAGACUUGUAAUGUACGAGGCUGGAGUCACAGGAAGUCACCACUCAUCUGGCGGGAGUUGAUCGACAGGGGUGGGAAAGGGGUCCUUAUUGGUGGAGCCAAUGAGUUCCAGGAGUAUGUGACGGGCUACUACGGUGUCCAGUCUGCAAUGACAAGCGAUGACAUGACCAAAGUUGCAGAAGAGAACAAGGUGACAAAGACAGAAGUGGAUGAAGAGAUAGAAACCCACCUUGCUCUGAGUCAGCCCCUUGCUGUGUGCAUCACCAACGCCAGUAGUCCAGUCUGCUACAACCUCAUCAACGUGAUCGCCAGUGGGGAGGUUUUUGGAGAGUCAACAGAGCUUGCUAUCAGACUCUGUGAUUCUGAAGAGAAGAGAGAAUAUUUAUCAGGGGUUGAAAUGGAGGCCUACGAUCUGGCACAUGGUCUCCUGCGAGAUGUGAAAAUCGUGUGUGAUGUGCGUGAAGCUUUCACAGACUGCAGUAUCAUCCUGCUGUUGGAUGAACUGGAGAUGCAGGAGGAAGAGCCUAGAGAGGAAUGGCUUAAACGAAAUGCUGAGUACUUUACUAACUAUGCUUCUGUAAUAAAUGAGGUUGCAGCUAAAAAUGCCAAAGUGUUACUGGCUGGGAAUGGACCACUUAAUUUCAAUGCUUGUAUGAUGUUGAAAAAUGCACCAAACAUUCCUCGUCAGAACAUCGUUGCUCAUUCACGUAUGGUAGAAAACUAUGCCAAGUCUGUUGUAGGAGAUCGGUUGAGUGUGAACCCGUCAGGGGUGGUAGACUUGAUCGUGUGGGGAAACAUCAACAGUAAACACUACAUUGAUGUGACCAAGGCCCGUGUACAUGGUUACGACGGGGCAAUAUGGGGGCCGCCAUCCUACUCCGUGUCUGCACAGGAGAUGAUCCACAAUGACAAGUGGAUAGAGAAGGAGUACGUGGAGCUGGUGGAAGCACGCAGAAGUACGGUGGAGGCAGCUCUAGGUCACCCCGCCUCCAUGGCACACGCCAGCGCAGUGGCCACCACACUCAAACACUGGACAAAUGGCACACCCAAAGGGCAGAUGUUCUCCCUUGGUGUCUGUUCAGAAGGUUGGUACGGUGUCCCAGAAGGCCUGGUGUUCUCCUACCCGGUAACGAUGCAGCCAAAAGGCUACUUCACUGUUGUACAGGACAUUGACCUGUCUGAGGACUCCAAGAAGAAGCUUGAAGAUGUUGUGCAGGAGCUGACGCAGGAGUUGGAGGUGAUGUUCCCACCCCCUUGUCCUACACCCCCAGUUGAGGAAGCUGGGCAGACAGAGGACCCUGGACAGGUCAAGACCGAAGACCCUGGACAGGUCAAGCCCGAGGACCCUGGACAGGUCCAGCCCGAGGGGGAAGAUGACUCUAAGCAGGACGGGCAGACAGAGGAGAAGACGGAAGAUCCUGUUCAGGAGGAGACUGUGGAAGAAGGUGGAGCAGAGAAGACACAGGAAGGGGAGGAUGUAAAACAAGAAACACAGCCAACAGAGGGGGAGGCAACAUCAUAAGGAACAGCCAGCCAUCCUGAAGAAAAUAGCCAUGAAGACUAAAUUACAUUAUAUUUCCAGAAGAUCUGUGAUGAUUCUCAUUUGAAUUAUAUUUCACAUAUUGUUGACUGUUACAGUUUCAUGUUGUCUUUCAAGAACUCUGUGAUACUUAUCUUGUGAGUGCCAAGGUAUCCUUGCAUCACAGUUCAUGAAGGAACUCCAUUUGUCUCGAGAUAAACAUACAUUAAUCUACUCCUGGGAAAGUAUUUCAUUUGUUUGUGAAUUAUAUGUAUUUGUUUCAGUGUUUCCUAAGAUUUGAACCAGUGAAGUACCCUUGUUGUACAGUGCGCUUGAAGUUUCAGCAUUACUUUCUGUAUGUACAGUUAACAUAAGGAUUCUAUGUAUAAAGUAUUAAAGACUCAUAAUUA